CAUAGAUCGAUUUUCUGAACCACCCCCCAGCCUUUGCCUUCAAAACGGUUCUACCUACUCUUCUACCUACCUAGUAAUCACAACCAGACGUCCUACAUUUCAAACUUCCUGUUCUCACCUUCUUCACAUGUCAUAAUCCACAUCAAGGCACAAGACCAUGGCAGAUAUUCGUUCGUUACUCCGCAAUGAGCUCGCCACCCGCAAGGGCUCCUCCCAGACAGGGAACACGAGCAACCGUGUAACCAAGAAGAGAAAGGUAGAUUCUGCCGACGAUCUGAGGCGCAAAAGGGUUCGAUCUGCUGGCGCGGAGCCCAUUUCCGCACAGACAGUACAACCACCGAGCGCGCAACUGAUUGAGGAGGAGGCGCAGGGGGAGGAGGUGCUUGAACAAUUAGACGAGGAAGUCGCGGGUCAGGAAGCCACGUCAGAUGCUGCUGAUCAGCACAUAUCUGAAUCCACCGUCCCAUCACUGGAACCCUCCGCUGCGACGGUGGCGGAAGCACCUCAGACCGUGGACGAGGAUGAGUGGGCGGCUUUUGAACGCGAGGUGGUAGCGCCGACCCGUAUGCCACACCGGCCUGCUGUGAUGACAGUGGAGGCGACCAUCUCAGCCGCCCCUAUGACCACGGAGGAGAUCGCCGCACAGCAAAAGCGCGAAUCCGAGACGAUAAGGAAGAACCGCGAGGCAGAAGCGGAGGGAGAACGGGAAGAUGCGGCGCGCUUCAUGGAAAACGAGUUCGAUGAAAUGGAACAGCUCGAGGAGCGCCUCAAGCGUCUCAAGCAGAAACGCGAAGAGUUGCGGCAGCUCCGAGCGACCGACGAUGGCGCCAUGCAGGACAUGGUUGAUUCUCCACCCGCUAUUGCUGCGCCGGAGUAUGAGCUAGGCCAGGCACAACCCGGUCACGAAAACGAAGAUGCAGAGGAUGCAGAUGAUGAUGAUGACGACGAUGAUGAUGAUUGGGACAACUGGAGGUUCCGGUAAUUGUUGAGGUCAAGGUUCAGGCGUGGAACAGAAGAAGGCGUCAUUUCACAGAGGUCCAGAACUUUCCUAAAAACUUACAGUGAUACCCCAUGAGCUAUGUGCGAUCUCACCAAAAAUCGCUAAUAAUUAACCUAAUGUGCCCCAGAACUCGUUGGCAGCGCAGCACGAAUGAUUACCUCUUUUGCCCUUUUGCUUUCAUACUUCCAGUGACAGAGCAUAUCGCGUCCCGCAGCUGAGACGAGAGCUUUGCGCGAUGAACCCCCUUAGAGAGAGGAAAAAUUGGCUUAACAUGUACUUUACAUUUCGUCAAAAUUGUAU